AUGCUGCGCUUUAGUUGUGGACUGCUCCUUCUGUGGGCGGUUUCUUCCCUGGGAAACGACAAUCUUCGCGUGGCCUACGAGUGGCGGGAAAUGGACUUCAAGUACGACAGCCCCGACCAGCGAUGGUCGGCCAUCGAGAGGGGCGAGUUCAAGCCGGCCAAUGUGAUACCCUUUGGCCUGGAGGUCGCCGGCCACCGACUCUUCGUCACUUUGCCCAGAUGGCGGGCCGGAGUGCCGGCCUCGUUGGCCUACCUUGAUCUUAAUGAUACAUCCAGCAAGAGUCCCGUCCUGCAGCCCUACCCAAGUUGGCAGGCUCACAGUCUCCAAGAAGCCGAGCCCGAGUUGGUUUCUCCAUUCCGCGUGCGAGCCGAUCGGUGCGGACGCCUCUGGGUGCUGGACUCUCGGAUCUCUGGGGUCCUGGAGCAGACGAAGAUCUACGGGGCAGCCCAACUGUUGGUCUACGAUCUGCAUAACGAUGAUCUGCUGAGACGGCACAUCCUGCCCGCCGGUCAGUUGAAGCAGGGAUCUUUGUUGGCCAAUCUGGCGGUUGAGGACUCCGAUUGUGAGAACACCUAUGCCUACGCAGCCGAUUUGGGCAGUCCCGGCCUGGUGGUUUACUCGUGGAAGGACCAGGAGUCGUGGCGAGUCCAGCAUCAUUUCUUCCACCCCGAUCCGAUGGCCGGUAACUUCAGCAUCAAUGGCAUUGAGUUCCAGUGGGAUGAUGGCUUAUAUGGUCUUGCUCUGUCGAAGCCUCUGGAAACGGGCUAUUCCACCUUGUACUUCCAUCCACUUUGCUCCACGGCGGAGUUCUCGGUGGAUACGGCGAUAUUGCGGAACAAAACAUUGGCCACAUCGGCGAUGAUAUAUCGGGAGUUUAAAGUUCUGGGUUCGAGGGGACCGAACACUCAGGCUGGAGCGGAGUUUUUGGAUCCUGCCACCGGUGUCCUUUUCUACGCGCUGCCCAAUCUAAAUGAAGUUGCCUGCUGGCGCACAGCCACCGAUUUCAGUCACAGUUCUCAGAGUCGCAUCUUCAGGAGCAACGACACUUUGGUAUUCCCCAGUGACAUCAAGGUGGAUGACCAGCAGCGUCUUUGGGUUCUUUCCAAUAAGCUACCCGUCUUCAUCUACGACGAAUUGCAUUACUCCAUUAAUUUCCGCAUUUUAACUGCCAGUGUUAAGGAGGCCAUUGAGAAUACAGCCUGCGAAAUUAGAACUUCCCCGCUGCCGGAUGUGAUCAACAAACUUGGGGAUAUACUGAACACGAAUAUCAAGGUGAAGGUGAAUUCAGCUGCUUCCCUGGGGAAACUGAGCUCCCUGAUGAUUGUGGGCUUGUGUUUGCUGAUGAGCUUUAGGAUCUAGAUCCCCAGAGCGGUACAAAGUAUCUUGCACACUCGAAUGAAAUAUAUUUUCGGCACUUUAGGGAUUGAAAUUAUUUUGUAAGAG